CUUUAAGAGAAAAAGUAACUUUUAGACCUGACAACAAUGCAUAUAAUAAGACAUAUGUUUUAAGAUUCUCAGUUGCCAAUAGUGUGAUCUGACUUAAUCUCCUUGGAAUAAAAUAGUCCUAAUAUCCACAACAAAGAAAUCUAUUACAAUUCUUAUUAUCACGAAUAAUCUUUACAUUCUCUAGAUAGCAACAAAUUUAACUAUAACCGCUUCGUUUGAUUAUAAUGUAAAAAUCAAUUCUGAGUUUUCUGGAUCAGAACUUAUAAUUUAUUACUUAUUCAAAAUCGCGCAACACUGUAAGAAAACGGUUUGUCCGAAGAGUAAAAAGCUUGCAACAAUUUUGAUACUCGAUUCUAGAUCCUGACCCGAAUAUUAGCGGCGUGUAAUUUGUGUUGAUAAACUUGAAUCGCGAAAUGGCCUGUUUAUUAUCGGUGGCAAUUAUGUAGUUCACUUUUUCAGCAAUAAAACGACACUAGCAUUUGUUUCAAGCUCUAUUUUAUUCUUCCAAGAAAUAAAGUCAUCAUGGUUGGAAAACUCUAUUGUAUCGUAUUGCAUAGGAAUGCUAUGAGAAGUUUCAUAAUGUUUAAUAAAGUCCUCUUUAAAAGUUGCAUGAUAAUUACACAGAGAACAUUUAUGAUGAAAUGUUUUAGUUUCUGCAGAAACUGAUACAUUUGUGUGCACUUUUUUGACAUGAAAGUUUAAACUUGACUUAUAUCUAAAUUGUUUAUCACAAUGUGUGCACUUAUAGACGUUGUCUUUAAGCACUUUUAAAGGGGCAAUUGCAUCCAAUUUGUCGGGAUGCGAACUUUUUACAUGUCUUUUUAAAUCAUGUUUAUGUUUAUACACUUUUUCGCAUUUCACGCACUUAUUAAUUCUUUCCACACCUAACAUUUUCGAUGUCAAGAAAAUGAAAUACAUACUCAAAAGCAAACACAAACACACAACUGUAAACAGUAGAAAUGAUUGAAUCGGAAAAUUGAUCUAACAGCUUCACUGUUCAAUUGGUAAUUAUACAAAGAGUCUACAUUCUACCACAUCCAAUAAUAUUUUAAUAUUAAAUAUCAUGUAACCGCAGUAAAUAUCGGUUUUUAUUAUCACUAACUAGUCUUUUCAGCGUUUUAAAUAACUCAAAUUUCGUCGAUGUUUAUAUAGGCAACCCAAAUUACACGCCGCUACCCCUCGGGUCAAGAUUUAGACAGAAUAAUCUUACUCGGACCGAAGAGUGACUGUCCUUGAAAAUUUUUCAAAUAAAGAACAGAGCUCCUGUUAGAUAUAAAAUUUUUAAUGGACUGCGCGUGCGUGCUAAGGUUAUUGCAACUUUAAUAAUUAUUUUCAGUGCAAAAAAAAGCCUGAUCAAUGUUCAAUAUAGGUGAUCAUUGGUCAGCGCUUUAUUUCCUAUCGAAUACAGUCAUUCGUUUUAAAGAUUUCGAUCAAUGAGGUGCCAACAUCUUUUUUUUCGUCCUUGAAUUUUCAACCCUUAAUAAAAAAUAAACUACAGGUGAUCAAAAUCUGAAACCUAGUGAUCAUUGCUGUACAAACCGUGAGCAAAAGAAUGGUAUAAUUAUUUUUACGAAAUUCGAUCAAUGAGGUGCUAACAUCUCAUAACCGUUUUUCCUAUCUAACUUUCAAUACUAUCCUGCUUUGUACUGUGAUGGAGGCUAGAUUAUGCCACUCUUCCUGUCCAAUCAACAGCAAGAAUGUUUAAAAUUUCACACCUAUCAUGUCGAAGCUACAGACCACUUAUGUGGAGGCCAGAUUUGUAGUAUCCUUCCAUUUAACCAGGUGCUGAGAUGGCGCUGAAAUACGUGACAUAUUUUUUGAAGGGUAAGAUCGCAUUCUACCAAAUCACACAACACUUUUUUCUAUGGUCGUAGUAGUCGUCGUCAUAGAGAAAUAACAACAACUUGUUGUUAUUUCUCUAUGUUGUUAUUUCUCUCUUGUUGUUAUUUCUCUAUGUUGUUAUUUCUCUAUGGUCGUCGUAGUACAGUAUAAGUUAUAUUACUUUUUGGAUGUAAACAUAAAACUGAAAUUUGUACGUAAGUUUAAUAAUAUGGAAGUCAAACAGGAAGCUAGUGAGAUAUCUUGUAAAAUGGAAACAGAUAAUGAGACCUUUGAUGGUCCCUUGGAUGCCUUCAAAGUUGAAAUCAAAGAAGAACCCAAGACAGAACCGGCAUACGACACGUUUGGCUAUUUAGACUGCAAUGAAUUCCCCCUAAAAACUGAAGUAGAACAAGAACAAGAUGAAUGUAAAUUUACCCCAUCUGAAACAAAGCAAACAGCAAAUGAAAGUUGUUCCCAGGAGCAGAACAAAAUGAAAAGUAUGGAAACAAUAACUGCACAUUCAUCUCAUACUCAUACAGGAAGCUAUACAGGUCGUCACGCUGAAGGAAAACCAUUGAAUAAAAAUAUGGAAGUAGAAACUGGAAGAAGAUCUUAUAAAUGUGAAAUUUGUUUUAAAAAGUUUAGCCAAACAUAUAAAUUGAAAAUACAUUUGAGAGUACAUACUGGAGUAAAGCCAUACAAGUGUGAAGUUUGUUUUAAACAGUUUAGUGAAGCAGGUUCUUUAAAAAAACAUUUGAGUGUGCAUACCGGAGAAAAACCUUAUAAGUGUGAAAUUUGUUUAAAAAAGUUUACUACUUCAAGUCAUUUGAAAAGUCAUUGGAGAAUACACACUGGAGAACAGUCUUAUAAGUGUCAAGUUUGUUUUAAACAGUUUGCUGAUUCAAGUUCUUUAAAAAAACAUUUGAGAGUGCACACUGGAGAAAAACUUACAAAGUGUGAAAUUUGUUUUAAACAGUUUAGUCAAGCAUGUUAUUUGAAACUACAUUUGAGAGUGCACACUGGUGAAAGACCCUACAAAUGUAAAAUUUGUUUUAAAGAGUUUAGUCAAAUAGGUAAUUUGAAAAUACAUUUGAGAAUGCACACUGGAGAACAGCCGUAUAAGUGUGAAAUUUGUUUUAAACAGUUUAAUGAAACAUGUAAUUUAAAAAAACAUUUGAGAGUGCACACUGGAGAAAAACCUUAUAAGUGUGAAAUUUGUUUAAAGAAGUUUACUACUUCAAGUCCUUUGAAAAUACAUUUGAGAACGCAUACUGGAGAAAAACUUACAAAGUGUGAAAUUUGUUUUAAAGAGUUUAGUGAAAUAGGUAAUUUGAAAAGACAUUUGAGAAUCCACACUGGAGAACAGCCGUAUAAGUGUGAAAUUUGUUUUAAACAGUUUAAACAAACAUGUAAUUUAAAAAGACAUUUGAGAGUGCACACUGGAGAAAAACCUUAUAAGUGUGAAAUUUGUUUAAAGGAGUUUACUGAUUCAAGUUCUUUAAAAAAGCAUUUGAGAGUGCACACUGGAGAAAAACUUACAAAGUGUGAAAUUGGUUUUAAACAGUUUAGUCAUAUAGGUCAUUUAAAAACACAUUUGAGAGUGCACACUGUAAAACAGCCGUAUAAGUGUGAAAUUUGUUUUAAACAGUUUAAUCAAACAUGUAAUUUGAAAAGACAUUUGAGAGUGCACACUGGAGAAAAACCUUAUAAGUGUGAAAUUUGUUUUAAACAAUUUAGUGAAGCAGGUACUUUAAAAAGACAUUUAAGAUUACACACUAAGGAAACACCUUUGUAGGGGAAAGGAUGAUAUUGUAAUGCAUAGUGGUUUCGGACAACAUACUUAAAAUAAAACCUAGGUUUAUUUAAUUUAAAAA